AUCGUGCGUGCCGAGUGGAGGAUCUUCGUACACACCAUGGCAGGAGCCUCCGUAGCUCCGGAGUCUUUGUGUAUAGAGUUUCGCAGCUGUUUUUGUUCAUUUGUUUAUCGCUAAGACCGGAGACGACCGUUUAGCGUGCGAUAAGCACCGGCUCCGUGGGUAUUAUAAACGCGCCGUUCGGCCAUCGGCUCAGACAUAGGCUGCCAGGCCCUACGGGAACGAAGCGCCAUGAAGACAUUCUCCUGCUUCCUGCUCGUCGCUUUCCUCUGCAUCGACUGGGCCCAAUCCACCGAAUUACCGAGAACCUGCAAGUUGGACGACAAUGCUCGCAAAGUCCUGAUAGCGUGUGUGAAGGAAACAAGUGGAAAUGAGAUGAUGACCAAGAUAAAUGCCAUUGGAAAGACGUUGAAUUGCGGCGAGGACAUGGAAUGCGGAAUCAAGAAAGCGUGCACCGAAUUCCAAGGCUCUCUGGAGAAAGUAGGAAAAGGAAUCCUCCAGGAAGAAGACGUGCCCAAAGUUCGUCAGAUCUUCAAUGCGUGCCUCGAUAAGCAUUAAUGUGGCCCCCGGAAGCGUCGAACACGAAAAAAAAAGGCGCAAUAAAAUUGCUCUCAUCAUGUAGCAACGAGAAAAGAAAAGUGUGCCUAUGCCAUGCCCUUCAUUGGUGACCGCUCUGUUUCUUUUAUUCGUUGCUACGAGAGCCACUUGCAUGUGA